AAAUAAUAUUUAUAUAUAUAUAUACUCACUGCUCGUAUUACGUUUUGUGAUCAAUUAAUUAAGUUUAUCACACCUCUUCCACCAGAAUCACCUCAAUCCAAUCGAUUACACAAUAUACAAUAUGAAUAAGUUACUAAUAUUUAUUAUUGUUUGUGCUCUUUCCCUUGUUGCUCGGAUUGCAGCAGCAGCAGCCGCGGGAGAUUCUUCUGAUGACAUGAGAUUCAGCGGGAUCUCUGGUGACCUUAAAGUCGAUGGAGAUCAAACAGAAGACAGCUGGCACCAUGAUCACGACGACGAUGAUGAUUAUGAUGAUGAUGACGAUGACGAUGACGACGACGACGAUGAUGAUGAUGAUGAUGAAUGGGAGGCGAGGUCUUGCAGCUGGAGUCGGAGGUCCUGGGUUGAGCGUGGGAACAGAGUUCUUGUGAAUGUGGAUGCAUUUGGUGCUGUUGGAGACGGAGCAUCCGAUGAUACGCAGGCCUUUGUGAAUGCUUGGAAACAAGCUUGUUCUACACCAAAAUCAGUUCUGUUGGUUCCUCAAGGGCGUCGGUAUCUGCUCAAUGCAACCAGGUUUAGAGGACCUUGUGCUGAUAAGUUGAUUGUCCAGAUCGAUGGGGGUAUUGUGGCACCAGAUGAGCCAAAGAAUUGGGACCCCAAGAAUCCACGCAACUGGCUCACCUUUACCAAUUUGACCAAUGCCCGUUUCCAAGGAAAGGGUGUCAUUGAUGGGGUGGGUCACAAAUGGUGGGCAGCAUCUUGCAAGAAGAACAAGUCCAAUCCAUGCAGAGGAGCUCCCACGGCAUUGACCAUCGAUUCGAGCUCAGCUAUAAGGGUGAAGGGCAUCACAAUCCAAAACGGGCAGCAGAUGAACUUUGUUGUUUCUCGGUCCGACUCAGUGCGUUUGAUCAAUCUUAAAGUUUCAGCUCCUGAGGACAGUCCCAACACUGAUGGCAUCCAUAUUUCUGACUCCACUGAUGUCAUUCUCCAGACCUGCAAAAUUGGAACUGGAGAUGACUGCAUCUCAAUUGUGAAUGGUAGCUAUGGAAUAAAGAUGAAGAACAUAUAUUGUGGGCCCGGCCAUGGAAUCAGCAUAGGAAGCCUGGGAAAGGACAACUCCAUCGGCAUAGUUGAGAAAGUGGUGCUGGAAAAAGCGUUCCUCAGAGGUACAACCAAUGGCCUUCGAAUCAAGACUUGGCAGGGAGGGUCUGGGCAUGUGAGGUCGGUCCGGUACCAGAACGUCAGGAUGGAUGAUGUCUCAAACCCCAUCAUCAUAGACCAGUUCUACUGCGAUUCUCCAACUGCCUGUCAAAAUCAGAGUUCGGCGGUGGAAAUAAGCUCAAUCAUGUACCGCAACAUAACCGGGAAUUCGAGAAGCCAGAAGGCAAUGAAAUUUGCAUGCAGCGACAGCGUUCCCUGCACCAACAUUGUUCUCAACAACAUCAACUUACGCAGCAGCGACGGCUCUGUGGAGACAUACUGCCACGCCGCUGCAGGCUUCGGCUACGGUUAUGUUCAGCCUUCAGCUGACUGCCUUUCCUCAUCUUCCCAAGACCACCACAAGUUAGCAGCAGCAGAUCAUCACACCCACACCCACACCGAACUAUAAUCAAUUAAGCACCUACCUCAUUCAAUUCAAUAAUUACACACGCACAUAUAUACCUUCGAUUCAGUUAGUAAAAUAUAUACAAUUAAUUAUAUAUAUACAUAUGAUUGUAUUUCCUUGGAGUUUGUUUAAUUAGGCUGCUGCUGCUGGCUCCCUGAGCUAGAGAUUGAUUAGACAUUAUCUGAUUAAUUAUCAUAAUGUAUACAUGCAUAUGCAGGCGAUUGUGUUUUUAAGCCACGGAGUUAAUGAAUGUGCGCGCGAGGGAUUCAUUCA